UUUUUAUUUUUUUUGGGUGCCUUUUUAGCACUUGUUAACAAAACCCAAAAAAUAAAUCUAAUGGUUAUAAAAAAUAUCCUAUAAAGAUUAAAUAAAUUCAACUGUUUAUAUUGUCUUCUAAAUAGUGAAGUGCCCUAAGGCAUGAUAUAUUUCAUAAAUCCCUCACCUCAUAUGUCCCCAUAUGUAAAAAUUAUGAGGUGAACUUCAUCUAAAAUUCUAUGAAUCGCUAGAUGAAAUUUAUCAGUUUUUCCACAUCAUGCGUGAAUUCACACAUAACAUGUCAUGUCAACCUAUAAAACUUUACAGUAUUAAAAUAUUAUCCGGUAAAAUUUAUCUGAUGACAAAUAUCAUUUUUUUUUUUUUCCUUUUCAUUUUUUGUUUAGAAGACAAGCUCUAUAGCACCAAAGAACAAAAGCCUCAAGUCAUCAAACAAAACCUUCCAAGGUUCCAGCUAUCACCCAAAUGUAGAAAUCAAGUUAUCAGACCAUGCCAGCUUAUGAUUACUUGGAACCCAAUAUUCUCUCACAUUACUAACCCUUUUCACAAGCCAAAAGUUGCAUUCUUGAGUCAUUGCAAUAUCUUGGAAGUCAUUUCUUUUCAGAAGCUAUUAAUUGCUUCACCCUUCAUAUAAUAAAGUCUCAUGACUAUAAGGAACUUAUUCCUUACCAAGAAAAUGACUUAUUCCAAUCAUCACCCUCACACCCUCCUUUUUUCUUCCAUCUUUCCAUAGCCAUGGAAGAUCGAAACACGCUUGCCUCCGACUGCAUUGUCAUAUCUUGUUGUUGCCAGUGUUUGAUCCUGCAGAUUGUCGUUUUCAUCCUCCUCAAACUUCCUUACAAGCUUGUCCAAAAGACGAAACAAUAUGCUAAGAAGAAGCUCGGUCACAGGAAGAGAGAGAAGACAAUGAUAGACGAUGACAGAGAUGAUGAUAGAAAAGGAUUUGGGAUAGAUGAUGAGUGCCAUGGUUAUGAGUGUUGUAUGGAGGAAGUUGAGAAGGUGUUGGAGGAGUUGUCUCAGAAGGGUGAGUUUGCAUUUGGAAGCUUUUGGGGCAGGGAUGAAUCAGGGAGCUUGCCAAGAACAAGUGUUGUUGCCAAACAGGACUUUAAUCGUCACAAUGUUGUACAGUGUCAUUUAAUUGAAAUGGUUAACUAAGCUUGAAUUCUUAGAGAUAUGGGUAAUUCUAUUAUUUUCAUCGUUAAAUAUGUUUUCAUGAGUAAUCAAAUUUUUCUUUAUAACUAA